AUGACAAACAGUACUUUACUGUACAUUAAAUGUACAGUGCAGUACUGGGAUCCCUCUGAAAUUCGUGGAGUUGAAUCUCGCCGUGUUCAGAUUUGUGGGUUUCCAUUCAUUGCAAAGAUGCAAGGUACAGCUUUACAGUACAAAGCUGUACCUCACAUCUUUGCCAUGAAUGAGAAACCAACAAACGUUCAUCGGUUUCUCAUUUGUGGCAAAGAUGCAAGGUACAGCUUUACACUGUACAAAGCUGUACCUCACAAAUCUUUCCCACAAAUGAAAACCUGA